CAGAGGGACGCUGUCAGUUGUUCUGUGUGUGUGUCUGUAGUGAAACCAGACCUACCUCUGAUCCCUGCACCACACACACUCCUCCAUCUGCCUCCCAGGAGCCUGCCUUCUGCUUCCUGCUGGACCCAACGCCCUCUGACGGCGCGUGCGAGGCUCUCGCCGAGCCCAUCCAUGGGGGGCACAAAUGACAAGCUGCGAUGUGGAAAAUGUGGGAUUAAGCUUUCCGAAAGGCACGGCGGUGUGACAGCGAUGGAUUGGAGCCAGGAGACGAGAAGCUGAGGCUCGUGAACUAAUGACUGAGGGAUCCCGAAAGGAAAAUUUGGGCUGAUUAGUAUUUCUGCGUCUGGAUGCUGUCCAUGAGUCUGUGUUGAUUCAUUGCGUGUGUGUGUGUGUGUGUGUGUGUGCGGCUCAUGGUGGUGGUGAGCAAUGCCGAUGUGACUGAACUUCGUGCCCCGAUGCCUGCUGCUAUGCUCCCGUGCCCUGCGCCAGCCGGGUCUGACUGGAGUUUCCAGGAUCCGGUGGGGGUGGACUGCAGCUCCCCCGAGCCGCGCUGCAUUUGGCUGGCGGUUCUCCGUGGAACCACGGGCCCCAUGCCUUCCACGCCGCCAGCCACGGCGGCGGCCGGGCAGCGCCAGAGCGCUCACCAGCUCGGGGCUAAGGGGCGGAGGGAUGGUAUCUCCUCACCUGGUGACAACCCUCGGCCGCCGAUGGCGACCCGGCCGGGAAGGGAGGGGGUCGGCGUGGGCUGGAAGGGUCCCCGGACGCUGGUCCUCCAUAAGAACUCCCAGGGAUUUGGCUUCACGCUGCGCCACUUCAUCGUCUACCCUCCGGAGUCUGCCAUGCACACCAACCUCAAGGAUGAGGAGAACGGUAAUGGGAAGGAGUUUCAGAAAGGUCAAAUGGAGCCGAUGGACACCAUAUUUGUGAAGAACGUGAGAGAAAAAGGGCCGGCCCAUCAGGCGGGUUUGUGCACAGGGGACCGGCUGGUGAAGGUGAAUGGAGAAAGUAUUCUAGGAAAGACGUAUUCGCAGGUGAUUGCCCUCAUUCAAAACAGCGAGAGUGUGUUGGAGCUCUCCAUCAUGCCAAAAGACGAAGAUGUGCUUCAGCUGGCGUACUCCCAGGAUGCCUACCUGACGGGUAAUGAGCCCUACGCCGGGGGAGCCGAGCACCUCCCGCCACCGCCCUCCCUCUGCUACCCUCGCACCAAGACCACGGCCCUCGCCGGGACGCCCCUGUCUGCCCCCAUGGGCCAGAACCAGCUGGAUAACUGGAGCCGCUGGCCGGGCUCGUCCGGCCCCUCGUCCCCCCUGGACAACCGCUCCGCCGUGGGCAGCCCCGCCAGCUGGCAGGAGGGGCGGUCGGGCGACCCCGGCGGCGUGGGCCACAGCAGCCCGGCCCACCGCACGGAGGAGAUCCAGUACGGCAUGACCGGCCAGCAGCCCCAGGGCCAGAUCCGGGGCCGCUCCUACUCUUCCUCCUCCUCGUCGGGGGGGCCCCUGUCCAGCCCCCUGCAGGUCCACUACCCCAACCACUCGGCGCAGGCUCCGCCACGCAUGUCCGGCUCCGUCUGGACCAGCCCCCCCCCGCCCAAGGUGAGCCACGGCCGCACGGAGCGCUGCCAGCAGGCGCUCUCGGACUGGUACUACAGCCAGCUGCCCGAGCGGCCCGGCCGCAGCAUGCAGAUGCGCCACCGCAGCUACUCGCAGGACCGGCUCAGCGAGAGACGGCGGCAGCAGCAGCGCUCCGGCGGCUGGCCGCACAGCGCCUCGCAGGACACGCUGUUCCUGCUGCAGCAGUCCGGGCCGGGCCCGCACGGCGAGCCCUACUGGUCCUACGGAGACUGGGAGGCGGGGCCGGGCCGGGGCCCCCCGGCGCCCAGCUACACUCGAACCCGCUCCGAGAACCUGCUGGCCCAGUACGACCGCCACGGCCGCUCGCUGGAGAUGUUGGACCGAGCAUCAGCAGGACUGGUCUCGCCUCGGUCCGAGAGGCCGUCGUGGCCCCAGCCGCCCCCCAGGACUGACUACCAGAGGCAGGGGGGCCAUUUCAGCCCGGCUCAAGGCCCGCCGGCGCCCAGACACCCGCAGCCCCAGCAGGCCCAGCAGGCCCAGCAGGCCCAGCAGGCCGCCCCCCAGCGGGGGCGCCUCCCCCACGGGCAGAGCGUGGACGAGCAGCAGGUGGGCUACCGCAGCUACAGCCCCUCCUUCUACCGCAAGACGGGCCGCAUCAUGCAGCAGGCCCACUCCUUCAGGGACCCGUCGUACUCCGGCCCCCACCUCAACUGGAACCCCAACCCCAAGACCAGCCCCCCCGAGGGCUCGUCGCCGCCUCUCACCGCCUCCACCGCGUCCCCCGUGGCGUCGGCCGCGCCGGAGUCCCAGGACAGCAGAGCCUACAGGCCCACCAACCACGAGAGGGAACGGGGGCCGGCCGAGGCCCAGGCCGAGGCGUUAGCGGCGCAGACGCAGGAGGUGGUGAUGCGGCAGAAGCCUCCCACGGGCCGGAGGCUGGCGCGCCACCCCCACUACGCCCUGCCCGUGGACGGGCUGGAGCCCUCCUUGUUUUCCCCCGAACCCAAAGACUCGGUGCCCGGCAAACCAAACGGCAGCCUUACCCCGCUCUCCAUAGAGGACGACUCCCUGGCCUCCAUCCCCUUCAUAGAUGAGCCGACCAGCCCCGGUGCCGAUUUGCGCGCCCGCCACGUGCCGGCAUCCUCGGUGGUGUCCAGCGCCUUGAGUUCAGCGCCGGCUGUGGGCCACAGCCCCGCCUCCCCCACCUUCACCUUCCCCCUCUCUAGGCUCUUCUCACACGACUGCAGCAGUAUUAAAUCCAGUCGCCGUUCCUCCUAUGUUCUAGCCAUCUCCACCGAGCGCUCCAAGUCAUGUGACGAGGGACUCAACGCAUUCAGAGAGGAAGGACGAGCGCUGAGGCUUCCAAAAAGAGUCAAGAGUUUCUUUACAGAUGGGUCUCUGGACAACAUCGAGAGAGUGGAGGACGUCCGCUCCAAACGCCACUCCACCUCGGAGCUGGGAAACAUCACUUACAGUGACGUACGGCGACAAGGCUGGCUGCACUUCAAACAGAUCCACACGGAGAAGGGCAAGAAGGUGGGCAGCAGCAUUCGUCCCUGGAAGCGGGUCUUUUCGGUCCUCCGCUCCCAUUCGCUGUUCCUCUACAAGGACAAGAGGGAAGCGUUACUCCGGGGCGCCACCAUCGGCGGCACGGCCGACGACGAGCAGCCCAUCAUCAUCAAGGGCUGCCUGGUGGACAUCGCGUACAGCGAGACCAAGCGGAAGCACGCGCUCCGACUGACCACCCAGGACUUCUGCGAGUACCUGCUGCAGGCGGAGGACCGGGAGGACAUGCUGGACUGGAUAGCAGUCAUCAGGGAGAGCAGCAAGACGGACAGCGAGGAGCUUGGCUUUUCCAGACAGGCUCUCAUCAAUAAGAAGCUCAACGACUACAGAAAACAGAGCCCGACCUCCGGCAAGCCCGACUCGUCUCCCCGGCUGCCCCGAAUGAAGCUGCUCAAUAAGACGGAGAACGCAGCAGGAAAAUCAGAAAGCAAAGAUGAGAGCAGUCCUCCCAAGAGUCCGUGGGGAAUUAACAUCAUGAAGAAGACCAAGAAAGCCGGACCCAAGGCCUUCGGCGUGAGGCUGGACGAGUGUCAGCCUGGUGCGAAUAACAAGUUCAUCCCGCUGAUUGUUGAGAUCUGCUGCGGUCUGGUGGAGGAGAUGGGUCUGGAAUACACCGGAAUCUACCGCGUCCCGGGGAAUAACGCCAUGGUGUCGCUGCUUCAGGACCAGCUCAACAAGGGUGUAGACAUCAACCCCGCCGAGGAGAAGUGGCAGGACCUCAACGUCGUCAGCAGCUUACUCAAGUCCUUCUUCAGGAAGCUUCCGGAGCCGCUCUUCACCAACGACAAGUACAACGAUUUCAUUGAUGCCAAUCGGAUGGAAAGUGCAUCAGAAAGACUGAAGACGAUGAAGAAACUGAUCAAAGACCUCCCAGAUCAUUAUUAUCACACUCUGAAGUUCCUGGUCGGUCACCUGAAAACUGUCGCCGACCACUCGGAUAAAAACAAGAUGGAACCGCGAAACCUGGCUCUGGUGUUCGGGCCGACGCUGGUCCGGACGUCCGAGGACAACAUGAAAGACAUGGUCACGCACAUGCCCGACCGCUACAAGAUAGUGGAAACGCUCAUCCAGCACUGUGUGUGGUUUUUCACAGAAGAGCUUGACAAAGAUGAGAAGACGCCGGUGGACACGGAGGACGUGCAGCCGGCGCCCAACAUCGACCACCUGCUGUCCAACAUCGGCAGGACGGGUCUGCUCGGGGAGGCUUCAGACUCAACCAACAGUGACUCAGCUAAAUCGAAGGGGUCAUGGGGAUCAAAGAAGGACCUCACAGCCAAGGACUUCCUGACUCUGUCCAUCAUGUCUGCUGUAACGGGCCGCAAACGCAGGAAACGCCACAACGCCCGCCGCGUGGGCAGCAGCACCGACGACGACUCUGAGCACGAGCCGGUCAAGGCUGAGCAUCUCGGGGCGGAGGAGGAGGAGGAGGAGGAGGAGGCGGAGUCUCCGGUGGGAGACACCGCCCCCAGAGCAGAGGGAGAGGAGGAUGAUGAAGAGGAGGAGGAAGAGGAGGAUGAUGAGGAAGUCGUAGGAAGCGGAGUGAAAGAGGAGGUCGAAGAGGAGGUGGUGGCGGUUGUUCCCAGUCGGCCGCGCGGUGAAGAAGAAGAGGAGGUGGGAGGAAGUAAAGCAGCGGUGUUGCUGCGGGAGGAGGCGGCGCAGGUGGGGGUGAAGGGGCAGCCGUGGCGAGCCCCCGACGACGCCCGCUCCAUCGUCUCCGGCUACUCCACCCUCUCCACCCUGGGCCGGAGCCUGGGCUCGGAGGGGCGGGGCGACGACGCCGACGACGAGCACAGCGAGCUGGUGAGCGAGACGGACAACGAGAGCGGCUUCGCGUCGCGUUCCCUCACCCAGGAGAGGCCCGACAAACACCCGACAACGCCGGCGAGCCCCCAGCCGCCGGCCGCCCCCCGCAGCUUCCUCUACUCUCAGAGCAAGCCCCCCGCCCACGCCCUGGCCCCGCCCACGCCGCCCUCGCAGGCGGCGGAGAGUGCAGAGAGGAGCGACGGAGGGCAGCGCUCCACCACGCCCUCCUCCUCCUCCUCCUCCACCGCACACAGGCUGCACUCGCGGCCGUCCUUCAACUCCCACAAGCUGAUCCAGUGCGACACUCUGGCCAGGAAGAAGCUGAAGUCGGAGAAGGCCAAGGGCCGGUCCUUGGAGCUGCCGGAGGCCCCGGAGGAAGGGACGGGCUCCGGGACGGGCUCCGGGACGGGCUCCGGCACGGAGGCCGCGUCCAGGCCCAGGAAGGAGUCCUCCAAAGCGUCGUCGGGCAGCAGCCAGGAGAGCCUGCGCCUGACCCGGCCCCGGCCGGCGCUGCCGCCCAGCGAGGCCGCCUCCUUCACCCCGACGGGCCCCGGCGGCCGCUCCCUGGCCGAGCACGUCCGCGCGCGGCUGCUGGGCUCGGCCGACGACCUGCGCAGCGUGGGGCUGAGGAAGCCGCUGUCGCCGGAGACGCGCAGGAAGAGGCGGGCGUGGCGCCGGCACACGGUGGUGGCCUCGCCCACGGAGGCCUCGGACAAGAGACCCCCGGUGAACGUCAACGAGUUCCCCCUCUCCCCCGUCAGUCAGAACCAGGUCAAAACACAAGGGCCGCCUCGGGGGGCGGACGGCGUCGGCACGGGCCACGUCGCCCGCCAAGCCCCCGCCUCCAGGUUCCACGAGUACUUGUGA